UCGUCGUCCCGCUCGGAACAAAAAAAGCCGACAAAUUUCGAAACUUUCCUCUUACUCUGCUUUGCCCGUUUCUUGUUCAUCCACCCACUCAUACGUUUUCUUCGAAACCAUCGAAAAAUUUCUGCAAUCUUGGGAGAUUGUAAUCUAACUCAAGUUAUUUUCCCCCUAAAAGUUUUCCGAUGUCUGCUCCGUCGACUAGCCGGCUCAAAGAUGCGAACGCCGGCUCCGGAGUAAAACCUUUGUCGGGCCAAAAACCCUCGAAGCCUCUGACCCCGGUUUCGAUUUCAAGAAAUAAUCAUGGCCCAGUGCUCCAGAAAUCGUCUUCGGGGAAGGAGAUUCCACGGCUGAGUCACCGGGCUUUUGGGUCGACCCAGAAGCCGGUGCUCCGACCUGUUCCGCGCGUGGAAAAAUCUACCGGCGGAGACAGCGGUGGAGAGGGUCGGAUGAGGUGGUCAACGUCGUCCGGUCCGAGAGGUAAGAGUCCUAGUCCUUCUGACUUAAUCAGGGUUUUCUCCGAUUUGAAAAGGGAAAAGGGAUCUAGGGUGUCCGGGGAAAAAGGUGAAUCGAGUUCAGAUAAGAAAGCUGGGUACAGAAAUUCAGGUGUCAAAUGGGUUGAGAGUGAGAAAAAGGUCCGUGAUUCAUCGUGUAAGUCGAAUAGGGUUUGUGAAGAAACAGAAGAGGAAAGUAAAAUUAAGACGGGUUUAAGCUCUGAUUAUCUGAAAGCAAGCAACUUGGAUGGUACUGGCACAAGCAGUUCGAGUUCUGAUCCAAAGACAAUUGCUUUUCCUGGGUGUGGAGACAAAUCUGCAGUUGCUUUGAAAUCUGUUGUUAAAACUGAAAACAUUGGGAGAUGUAGUAAUUCAGUUUCAAGGAGAAAAUCUUUGGAUAAUGGUGGGAAAGUAGUGGAGAUCUUGAAAGAGAAGAGAGUGAGUGAAGGAAGCAGUGGAUUUACAAACAAAUACCAAAGUAAACUGCACGAGAAGCUUGCUUUUCUCGAAGGUAAGGUUAAGAAAAUCUCGUCCGAUAUCAAGAAGACAAAGGACAUGUUGGACUUGAGUAAUCCGGAUGCAUCGAAGAUGAUACUCUCCGAUAUACAGGAGAAAAUCUCAGGGAUUGAAAAGGCUAUGGGUCAUGUUGUCAGUGAUGCUGAUGGCAAGAAUAAUCUGCCUGGCCAGAGUUCAAACGAAAAUUAUCAAGCGGCAAAUGUGAAACCUUCGGUUAAAGGAUUGAACAGUGAAGAGCUAGAAGACAGGCUUUUUCCUCACCAGAGGUUGCUGAAGAGCAGAACACGAUCAAAGACAUCAUCAGAAGACACAAAAAUCCAUGUCAUGUCAGCUUCAGUUGCAUCCAGUGAGGAAGCAAAGGUUGAAGUUAUGCCCUUGGAUCCUACCGAGGAGAAUGAGAUAGCUACAGAGUUCUUGGCUUCACUUGACAGGGAGAGAAGUGAAGUCAAAAUUAGGAAUGAUGAGACUGAUUCGAAGAAUCUUGAAGUGCAAGAGAUGGAUGCAGAGGAAAUGCCCGAGAAACAAGAUUCUUCAGAACAGAUCAAUGUCAGUUCCAGCUUAAAUGAAAUUCUUAGAGCAGAUGAAAUCCUUGAAGAAUUUGAUGAUGGUGGGAAUAGAGAAGAGAUGGAGUAUGAGGAGAUUGAGGAUGCAGGCAUGUACAAGCUAAAUGAAAUCGGGACAAAAAAUUCUACUGGAGGAUGGUUUGUAUCAGAAGGAGAAGCAGCUCUUCUCACUCACGAUGAUGGUUCAUGUUCCUAUUACGACAUUACUAACUGCGAGGUGAAAUCGGUGUACAAUCCUCCGAAUGGAUUCUUACCAAACACUUGGAGGGACUGUUGGAUAGUUCGAGCAACAGGUGCAGAUGGCUGCUCGGGUAGAUAUGUUGUGUCUGCUUCUGCUGGAAAUACACUAGAAUCUGGAUUUUGUUCGUGGGAUUUCUACACAAAAGAGAUCAAAGCUUUCCACUUCGAGGAUGGAUCAAAAAGAUCUAAUUCAAGAACGGUCCUUGCUCCUUUGUCCAGUAACACUUCUUAUGGUAAAAACACUCUGGCUUGUUCGUUGGAGCCAGAAACUCGACAAUGGUGGUAUAAACCUUGUGGACCUCUUAUAAUCUCAACUGCCAGUUCUCAAAGGCUGGUUAAGGUUUUCGACAUAAGGGAUGGAGAACAAAUUAUGAGAUGGGAGUUGCAGAAGCCUGUGUCAGCUAUCGAUUACUCGAGCCCUUUACAAUGGAGGAACAGAGGAAAAGUUGCCAUAGCAGAGGCUGAAGCUAUUUCUGUGUGGGAUGUAAAUUCCCAAUACCCUGAAGCACAGUUAACUAUUUCGUCUUCAGGACGUAAAAUCUCGGCUUUUCAUAUCAAUAACACAGACGCUGAACUGGGCGGAGGGGUGCGUCAAAGGGUAAGUUCCUCGGAAGCUGAAGGGAAUGACGGAGUAUUCUGCACUAAUGAUUCAAUCAACAUCUUGGAUUUCCGUCAUCCACAUGGCAUUGGUGCCAAAAUCCUCAAACUCGGUAUCAACCCUCAAUGUGUAUCUUCCCGUGGUGAUUCAAUAUUUCUCGGCUGUUCCAAUUCUCAGGUGAAGCAAUUCUCAUUGCGCAAACAACGUCUUGUGAGCACAUACUCAUUGCCGGAAUCAAAAUCACACUCACACCACUCUGAUAUAACCCAAGUAUGGGGAAACUCAAACCUUGUCAUGGCUAUCUCCGGCAUUGGACUUUCCAUAUUUGAUGCCACAAAGGAUGAGACAAUGCAGCAGCCAUUGACGGGUGAUCACGGGAAUCAUGAAAACGUUAAAGAAACUAUCGGUCCAGACGACAUGUAUUCCCCUUCGUUUGAUUACUCAGGCGGCCGGGUCCUCCUCAUCUCAAGGGACCGACCUGCUUUGUGGAGACACCUCCUGUAGAAAAGAAAGAGGCUUUUGCUUCAAUGGUCUUACCGGGUUUGCGGUAUAAGAAGCAGUACAUGUAUCUGAAGGAUUUUACACUUCUGAGUUCUGGUUUCGAGUCAAGAGGAUCAAUCUAUGGUAUAAGCUUAACUUUUCUUAGUUGAUGUUGGUUUAUCUUGAACUGUCCAGCACAGCUUGUGCUGCUGUUGUUGUGGUCUGUCUAUCUGUUUGCUCUGUCUGUUUUAAGACAUUACUGAUUUGCUAAAAAAAACUUGUUUUUUUUUGUCAUU